GCCUUGGUUAUAUGUUGGGAAUUCAUAAUAAUCCAAUCAUCUUCAAAAAUCUCAGUCAUAAUGGUAUUUUGCUAUUAUUUGAACACUGGUAAACAAUCGUUAUGCAAUGACGCAGCCCCAAACAAAAAGUGGGUCAUAGGUCAUGUUGCGUCAUAUGACCAUUACACAACAACAUGGAGGACAGUGCAAAGUCAGACGAGCUGGCCGUCGCAGAAUCAAGGUCUUUCCUGGGAAGUUGGCUCAACGUUAAGUGGCGCCCCACAUCCAUGGCACAGUUAGCCGCAGCUGAGGGGAGGGUGCUACAACAUGUGAAGUCUGCUUUAGAGAGUUUCUACGUACGAAUCACAGGCAACAGAAGGAUAUGGACUCUAAAGGUAGACCCCAAAAAGCCAGAGGCUCUCCCUAUUGUCAUGGUACAUGGCUUUGGAGCUGGAUCCGCUAUCUGGUUGUUAAAUGUUGAUGCCAUCGCUAAGCACAGAUCGCUGUACGCGUUUGACGUUCUCGGGUUCGCGAGAAGUUCUCGGCCAAAGUUCAGCACAGAAGCAGAUGUCAUAGAAGAGGAGUUUGUGAACUCUAUUGAGGAAUGGAGGGAGGGCGUCGGCCUGGAGAAGUUCAUCCUGCUGGGACACAGCUUUGGGGGUUUUCUGGCAGCCUCCUACUCCAUCAAACACCCAGACAGAGUCCAACAUCUGAUACUGGCCGACCCCUGGGGAUUCCCAGAGAGGACAGAGAAGGCUGCUGAAGAACAGAGAGCUCGGGUGCCAUUAUGGAUCAAGGCUGUUGGUUCUGUGCUCCUGAACUUCAACCCUCUCGCUGCUGUGAGGGCGGCUGGGCCCUGGGGCCCAGGUCUUGUACAAAGGUUUCGGCCAGACCUUCAGGCAAAGUUUUCAGAAGUGUUUGAUGACGACACGAUCUUUAACUACCUCUACCAUUGCAAUGCCCAGUCUCCGAGUGGUGAGACAGCAUUCUCUUACAUGCAGAUUCCCUUUGGGUGGGCCAAGAACCCGAUGCUCCCGCGCAUGAUGCAGCUACGGCGGGACGUCCCGGUCACGUUCAUCUACGGGGCCCGGUCCUGGAUGGACAAGGAGUCGGGAAAACAAGUGAAGGCGCAACGGCAGGGCUCGUAUGUGGAUGUGCAGAGUGUGCCAGAGGCUGGUCACCACGUGUAUGCAGACCAGUACCAGGACUUCAACAGGCUGGUGGUGCAAGUUUGUGCAAAGACAGACAAAGCACAGCUGUCUGUGAAGAACAAUGUAGAGACAACUAUUUAGAUAGUGCUGUUAGAACAGACUGAUCAACAGGACGGCAUGGUGGCCAGUUUCACAUCCCACCAAUAUUACGCACAUUCUCUAAGCCCCUGUCACACGACAAGCUUUAUCCGUUGAUCACAAGAAGGUAGCCAAAUUUAAAAAUGGAGACUCACCUAAACAUCUAUCCCAUCACAUUGGAUGGGACAUAGGGACUUGCAAGCAACUACCAAUCUCAAAAUAUUGUGUAAAGAUCGAGAGAACACCUGGUAUAUUACUGCCAGAAAUGUCAUUUAAAGCUUACAGACUUGUUGGCCUAUCGAUUUGCCUUCUGUGUGACAGGGGCAUUAAUGUUAUAGUAGACCGUGAUAAACACUGCAAUGUAUGAAAGCAAAAUAUUGAAUGUGGAACCAUUUUGCAAUAAAAUGUGUGUCUAUUUUUGUCUAAAUUUAAGAGAUUGAGCAAUUCUGCAACAGUUAAGUUUCAGGUGAUUCAAUGUGCUCUGCUAGCCUAUAUUUGUUAAAAGAAAGUUUAGGGUAGACUGCGAUGAAGGCAAUGUAUAAAGGAAAAACAUUGAAUGUAUGCCAUUGAGAACACUUUUCAAUUUACAAUACUAGUAAACAAUGGGAGUAAGAAAAUCAGGUUCAAUACAAUGUACAACUGGCCUGUAUUUGGUGCUGAACAACAAAUCUUACAUGCUCCUUUGUUUUGGGAAAAGACCUUUUUAACUGAACUACAAUUGGUCUAGCAUUAACUUUUAAAAUGCAUUAGUUACUAUGAAAGUAUACGAUGUAAGUGGAGCUCAGUAAUAUACACCCAAUACUAUUGUUUGAUGAUAUAUAUUAUUUUGGUUACUUAAUUGAAGCACUCAAGAGAUUUGGAGCCCUUGAUAGGUCUUAAAGUAAAAGAUUUGCAGAAUUGUAGAUGUCAGAAAUUUCAGUAUCACUGUGUAUACAGGAAAGUAUGCUGUUACCUGUAUGUUACCUUUACCAUAGAUGCAGUACAACUCCAAAUGUUAGUUUUCCAAAAUGGUGCUUUCAGGAUUGAAAAUGACUUUCUGGGUCAGCAAAGAGCUGAGCAUAGAUUUUGCUGCAGUCUUUCUAGCCUGAUGUCACGUGAAUACAGUGCCAUGUACAAGUGUAUGUAUCGGGGUCUGCAAGUCUUUCUCCCCACUAGGCAUAACCCUACCUACCUAGGCACACCUUAGCUCUUAUGUUCAAUAAGCUGUUUUAGCUUUAUGUGCUAUGUUAUUACUCUAAUUCACUGCACAGCAGAUGCAAUGGGUGGCUGAAUUUAAUCUAAUGUGUCUAAAUUCCAAAUUUACCAUUAUGUUAUGAGUGCCGAGAAAGUAGUUUCUAAUGUGCAACACACCAACCCAUACGGACCUCUGUAAACUCAGGAAUGUCUUGCAUAUUUAAUGUUGUCAGAUGAACUUCAAUGUAUUGAUGGCCAUGACAGAUUAACACACGGAACAGGUUUUAACAAAUAUAUAAUGUUACAUGUGUAUGAAUUUUUCUCAUUGAUAUUGAAUUAUAUUAGGUAGAUUUUUUAUAAUA